CGUCAGAAGAGGCUGCCUGCCUGCCUUAAAUUCAAAACUCCAUCUCCAGUCUCCACGCGCUCCUCCCUCCGCUCCUUCAUUUGAUCCUUUCAACUCUUUCCAUUUCCAUUUUCCAAUAUUGAAACUACACUACACGCUUAUCAUUCACUUAUAAUUCUGUAUAUAUGCACACAAGUACAAAUAUACCACCUUCAAUUUCAGCAUUCAAGCUCUUUCUAGAUUUCUUCUUUUUUCUGUCUCCAGUGUAGAUCGGCUUUCUUGGAAAGCGUGCGUUAAAUCUUGACACCGCGCCUUUGGAUUCUCGGGAUAUAUUCUUUUCUGUGGCUGUAGCAGUUGAUCCUUCUGACAUCCUGAUUUCAUCCUGCAAAGUUUUGUGACUCAAAAUGUUUGGUCUUAAGAAGUUGUCCCCCUUGAACAAGAAUACUAGAAACCACUCAGUUGAUCCUGGAUUUCAUACCUAUUCUAAUUCAAACCCUUUUGAUUCUGAUGAUGAGUAUGAUAAGAAGCAAACUGUCAAAGCCUCAAGGAGUUCUUCAGAGCCUGCUCUAGUUGCUCCAAAUUUGAGCACUAACCCCUUUGAUGAUGAUGAGACUAAAGUGGGGAAAUCCUCAUCAGCAUACUCCUUCACUUCAGCAGACAGAAACAGAUACAAGAAUGGUUUCCAUGAUUCAGGAGGAUUGGAGAAUCAAUCUGUACAAGAAUUGGAAAAUUAUGCUGUGUAUAAAGCUGAAGAGACUACAAAAUCAGUAAAUGGCUGUUUGAAGAUUGCUGAAGAGAUAAGAGAGGAUGCCACUAAAACAUUAAUCACCCUACAUCACCAGAGUGAGCAAAUUACUAGAACUCACAUGACUGCUGCUGACAUUGACUAUGAUCUUAGCAGGGGUGAAAAACUUUUGGGCAGUCUUGGGGGCUUAUUUUCCAAGACUUGGAAGCCUAAGAAGAAUCGUCCAAUAACAGGGCCUAUCAUCACUAAAGAUGAUCCAGUACCAAGGAGAGGUAACCACUUGGAGCAGAGGGAGAAACUUGGAUUGAAUUCUGCAACCAAAGGGCAGUCAAAUGCACGAAGACCACUCCCUGAACCAACUAAUGCAUUGCAGAAAGUUGAGGUGGAAAAGGCAAAGCAAGAUGAUGCCCUGUCUGAUCUUAGUAAUCUCUUGGGGGAGCUCAAGGAAAUGGCAAUGGACAUGGGGUCUGAAAUUGAUAGGAGUAAUUCGGCCUUGGAUCAUCUCGACAAUGAUAUUGAUGAGCUCAACUACAGAGUGAGAGGUGCUAAUAUGCGAGGCCGCCAUUUGCUUGGGAGGAAGUAGCAUCUGUUCAGGAUCAACUUGAUGACUUUUUGUUGUUCCUAAACCAUGUUUGGCUCCCUUUCUAUAGUAGAGCAGAGCUUAGAGAAUAACCGUUCAUUCGUUGUUGGUACCAUACUCCUUGAUGCGCAUUAUUGUUAUUCAUAGGAAUUUUACUGAUGUUUUUAUUCAUUGAACUAUUGAAGUUGGUCCCAUAUCAAAUGAAAACUCUAGCCUCUAUCAAGUAUGUUUUGUGUAUUCUGUUCAUUGUACUACAAUGAGUUUGUGUAUGUGGUUUGCGUGUAUGUACAUGUCAAUAUGUCAUGAUUCUGGAUUGGAUGAGUUCAUAUUGAUUCCUC